CACUUACGACCAUGGACAGACCCGAACGAGCGCUGGUAGUAACUCCCCAUCCCGACGAUGCGGAGAUUGGCUGCGGAGGAACCGUUGCCGGAUGGAUUGCUGAAGGAACGGAGGUGUACUACGUCCUCUGUACCAAUGGGGACAAGGGUACGAGCGACCCCGAUCUGACAUCCGAGCGACUUGCUGAGAUCCGCGAGCGUGAGCAGGCUGAGGCCGCCGAAGUGCUGGGCAUCAAGGAGGUCGUGUAUCUGAGAUAUCCGGACGGCGGACUGGAGGACACGUCAGAGUUCAGGGAGCGUCUGGAUGUGCGGGAUGGUGACGAUGGACGCUGUGUCCCUUACGCGCGAGACCGUCUGCACUACCCUGAACACAUCACGGAAGACGGCCUGGACACGCACAAGGUCGGCGACGUGCUGUUCUGGGGUACCGAGGAGCCCGACACGUACAUAGACAUCACCGACACUAUCGAACUUAAGAUAGAGUCGUUGAAGAAGCAUGCGUCCCAGGUCUCCUCUGACGACGGGACGGACGUAGGCGACUUCGUCAAGUCGAACGCGCGAAGGAUAGGACAGCGGGCGGACAUGCCCUACGCUGAGUCGUUCCGCAGAAUCAACAUUCGUAGGUAG